CCUCUCCCUGCCAUGGCCCCCUUGGUUCAGACCCUGGCACUGCUGGCAAUGGCCAUGGCCACCACAGCUGUCGAGGUGGUGAACCUGGACAUGGCUCUGAACUCCUUCGAUGACCAGUACCAGUGCUGUGGCCCUGCCAUGACUGCGGCAUUGCCAGCCCUCAACAACUCCGAGUUCGAGCAGAACAAGAAGUUUGCCGAGGUUUGGGGAAAGGCUGCAGCCAAGGUGCAGAGUCAGGGGCCCCCUAAGUCCCCUCUGUCCACAGGCCAGGCCACUGCCAUCAUGGCCUUCACAAUGGAUGACCUGUCCAGUGUGUUCAAUGAUGCUGUGCACGUGGCCGGGAGCUCCAGCCAGGAAUACCGGGACAAUUUCCACUUCAAAACACUGCAUUUCCUGCUGACAAACGCUACAGUGACGCUGAAGAACAAUCUGGAAAGGAAGUGUUAUGAUGUGUCCCAGGAGGUGUGUGAGACCCAGUUCAAGGCACGGGAACAUGAAAUAGUCCGGUUUGGUAAUUUCACAACAAUGGAGUCGAGCCCACUGCCUGGAAAGUGCCCUGAGGAGGGGACAGUGUUCCAGGUGCACACGUGCCAGGGCGUGGACAUCAAGGUUUACGCUGCAAAUUCUGAAACUGAUGGGGUGCUGGUGCUGAUCCCACCCUUUGAGACCUUUGAGGUCACCAAAUACACCGAGACAGGACGGAAGACAGAGAUUGAGCUCCAGUCUGCCGGGCCCUUCAGCAAAUACCAGUGCGAGUGGCAGAAAGAUCACGCCACAGGUGGGAGCGUCCCCAGGGCCACCUUCCAUGUUGGAGGACUCCUCCUGGCCACCACAGCCCUGGCAGUGGCAACAGGGAUCCUCUGA